AUGAUUAAUUACAGUUUAAUUAAGGUGGCCGUGACGAGCGCCGCAUGCGGGAACCCAACGCGGGCAGGGAUGCGGCGGGGGGCCCCCCCCCCCCCCGCCCGCCCCCGCCGCUCACCCUCCGGUGCGCCCGGCGCCUCCGCCAUAGCGCUGCGUCACUUCCGCCGCCGCCGGGGGCGGGGCCUCGCGCCCGCGGUGCCCGACCGCUGCCGCCAGGGGGCGCUGCCGCUGCGCCACGCCGGCACGACCGGCGGACACCGAAGCGCCGGCUCUCCUAAGCCGCUCGGCCGGUCCUGUCGGUCGGUCCUGCCGGUGUGGCGUGAGCCCUCGUGGGGAACGAAAAACACGAGCUCGCCCCCCUCUGCCCCCUCCUCCCGGCGAUUUCGUUGCCCUCCGUUGUCCCCCCCUCGUCCCCGGUACCGCUCCCGCACCCGCGCCCCGCACCGGAGCGCGCAUCCCGGCUGCGAGAGGGAUGCGCGGCAGCAGCGCAUCCCCGAUUUCGAUGGGGUCCCUCCGCCGCUCUCCCCGGGCUCCUCUUUUCGUUACCGCCCGCUCCCCACGCAAACUUUCAACGAGCAUCGCUCCCCCCGGGCCGGCGGCGCGGCGGGAGGCGGCGCGGGGGGGACCCGGGGGCGCGGAGCCCCACGCAGGUGCGGCGCGGGGCUGAUCCCCGCUCUUACCUCGGGCUGCCCGGGCGGGUCCCCGCUCGCUGUCACCGGAUCAAUGUGCAGCGUCUCCAAGUACGGAUCCGGAUCCUCCCUCGGUGGCGCGGCUGGUCACUCGCUCUUGUUGCAUCUCGCCCGGGCGGACGCGGCGGCGGCGGGGCGGGCCCCGCAGCUCCGGCUGCCCCGGGCAGGGGCUCGCUGCCGACGGGCCCCCCCGGCCGAUGGCGGCCCCGGCCCCGGGCUGCGGCCCCUAGUCCCGAGCAGAGCCUGCACGUCCAGCCGGGCUCCGCGGCGCGGUGAGUGCGAGCGGGCGGCGGAUGGAGGGCCAAUUUGCCUGGCUCGCUGCUGCCCUUCUGCUACGUGCGGCGGGCGCUGCCCGCCCCGGCCCCUAAUCCGCCCGCGCCUAAUCGCCUGCCGGGGACGCCACAAAGGGGCUCCGGGCCUCCGCGCCCGCCGCCCCGCUCCGCCCGCGGCCACCGAGCGCCAAGUUUGGGCCCGCCCGCUCCGGCCCGGGCUCGGGCCCCAGGGACGCGCCGGCCGCAUCCUCCGGCGCCUUUCGCCGGAGCCCGCCCGGAGCCCGCCGCAAACCGGCACGGCACGGCACGGCCCGGCGAGCCGGCACAAAGGGAAGGGACGCGGCACCUCCCGGGGACUCGGCGAGGGAGGCAGCGGAGGUGGUGACCCCACCGGGGUGCCCUUGCCCCGGGCUCCCGGGUUCGCUCAGCCGCGGGGCCGCGCCCGGCGGGAGGAGGCGGCGGCGCUCGGGGCGUUUUGGGGGGGAAUGGAGGCGAUCGCCAGUCAGAUGGGAAAUGGGAGAGAUGCAAGCUCCUCCCCAAAUUCAAAGCAAGAGCUGCAGCCGUACCAGGGCUCCAAUACCCUCAAGCCCAACCAAGUGGGUGAGACCUCCCUGUACGGCGUGCCCAUCGUGUCCCUGGUCAUCGACGGGCAGGAGCGGCUGUGCCUGGCGCAGAUCUCUAACACGCUGCUCAAGAACUACAGCUACAAUGAGAUCCACAACCGGCGCGUGGCCCUGGGCAUCACCUGCGUGCAGUGCACGCCGGUGCAGCUGGAGAUCCUGCGGCGGGCCGGGGCCAUGCCCAUCUCCUCCCGCCGCUGCGGCAUGAUCACCAAGAGGGAGGCGGAGCGGCUCUGCAAGUCCUUCCUGGGCGAGCACAAGCCGCCCAAGCUGCCCGAGAACUUCGCCUUCGACGUGGUGCACGAGUGCGCCUGGGGCUCCCGGGGCAGCUUCAUCCCGGCGCGCUACAACAGCUCCCGCGCCAAGUGCAUCAAGUGCAGCUACUGCAGCAUGUACUUCUCCCCCAACAAGUUCAUCUUCCACUCCCACCGCACCCCGGACUCCAAGUACACCCAGCCCGACGCCGCCAACUUCAACUCCUGGCGCCGCCACCUCAAGCUCAGCGACAAGACGGCCACGGAGGAGCUGUCGCACGCCUGGGAGGAUGUCAAGGCCAUGUUCAACGGCGGCACCCGCAAGCGGACCUUCUCCCUCCGGCCGCCGCUCUUCCCGCACCCCUACGGCUUCCCCGCCGCCGCGUUCGGACUGUGCCCCAAGAAGCAGGAGGAGGCGCUGGGCGGCGCGGGGGGCGGCGAGGCGGGCAAGGGCGGCGCGCUGCCCCCCGGCAUGUUCUGGGGACCCCCGCACCCGCACCCGCACCAGCCGGCCCAGCCGCCGCACCAGCCCGGCGCCGCCAAGGACAGCGGCGUGUACCCCUCGUUCCCCGUGUUCUGGCCGGCCGCCGGCAGCCUGCCCGUGCCGCCCUACCCCGCGCAGAGCCCGGCCAAGGCUGGAGCCUCGGGCAGCGGCCGCAGCAGCGCCACCCCGCAGGAGGGCGCGGGCGCCGAGGGCGAGCGCUGCCCCAGCGCCCUGUCGCGGGCGGCGGGCGAGGAGGAGCGCUCCGGGGACGAGGCGCUGCUGGCCCCGCUGCCGCUGCCCAGGAAGGGCAGCUACCUGUCCGCCUUCCGCCCGGUGGUGAAGGACGCCGAGAGCAUCGCCAAGCUCUACGGCACCCGCGAGGCGUUCGGCGGCGCGGGGCCCCGCGGCCCCGGCUACCUCUCGCCGGACUUCCUGAGCGAGGGCAGCUCCAGCUACCGCUCGCUGUCCCCCGGGGGCGACACGGCCGAGGAGCCCGAGGUGGACGUGGAGUCCAACCGCUUCCCGGAGCCCCGAGGGCAGCCCCGAGCGCAGCGGCAGCAGCGGCGCCUACGAGGUGCGGGGCCGGGCAGGGGGGUGUUCGCGCCCGAGAGGGGGGAGCUCCUGCCGCCGCUGAAGCCCGCAGCCUCGCUGGGAGCCCCCGCCGCCUUCCUGUGCACCCCCGAGGCCAAGGAGCAAGAUAAAGAAGACAAUCACUCGGCGGCGGAGGAUUUAGAGAGCAGAAAAUCCUAUCAGGACCAAAGGAAUGUCUCUCAUCCCAGCCCUGUAAAUACCGACAGAGGCGAGGAAGGGCUGCCCAUGGAUGUCACCGGGACGCAGCUGCUGGAGAAGGACAUCGAGAACCUGGCCCGAGAUGAGUUACAAAAACUGGUCCUGGAGCAAAUGGAGCUGAGGAAAAAGCUGGAGAGGGACUUCCAGAGCCUGAAAGAUAACUUCCAGGACCAGAUGAAGCGGGAGCUGGCGUACCGGGAGGAGAUGGUGCAGCAGCUGCAGAUCGUGCGAGACACGCUGUGCAACGAGCUGGACCAGGAGCGGAAAGCGCGCUACGCCAUCCAGCAGAAGUUGAAAGAGGCUCACGACGCGCUGCACCACUUCUCCUGCAAGAUGCUGACCCCGCGGCACUGCAGCGGGAACUGCUCCUUCAAGCCGCCGCUGCUGCCCCAGUGAGCCCCCCGGGCCCCCACCCCGAAGCCAUGCGGGCAGAGCCCACACAAGCCAUUCCCACGAGGAGCCACCUGUACAUAGAGCACCCGGAGCCCGGCUCUGCUCGGACUGGCGCCGGGGCGGGGGCGGCCCCGCUCCGCCCCCGCUCCCUCCCCGUGUGUCCGUCCGCUCCUUCCACCCUCGUCCAGACUGGAAACAA